UAAUGCUUUCAAUUGCUUCAUGGCAUCAACACCUCUUGCCUCUUGCUUCACUCGAUCGCUCUCAAUUCUCAAUAUCGUCCUUCGGCUUGGAUCCUUCCUUUUGACGGUGCACGGCCAAUCGAUCAAUUGACGACAAUGAGACAACGUCGUGGCGCUCCUGUCGAAGACGAGUCUUCGUCGUCUUCUGAUGACGAUGAUGAUGCCUUUGCCAGGCUUUCGAAAAGCAAGGGCGGCAAGGACAAUAAGAACAAGACCAAAUCAACUGGGGCAUCCCAAGAUGCUACUAGUGGCACGUCCGUAAAGCUACCAGCAUCCACAACGUCGUCCAUGAAACGCCAUCAUGUGGCCAGCAGUGAUUCCCGAAAGCAAAAGAUGAAUGCGCUGUUGCAAGAAUUGGAGGUGGAAAAAGCCAGGCGACCUUUAUCGCAACCCGCGCGGCAAAUGGUGCCCGAAAAGAAAGGAUCCUUUGUGCCGCCGGAAGAAGAACACUUGACUACCAACAUUUUUGUAGGCAAUCUGGCUCCCAGUAUUACCGAAGAAGAGAUUACAGAUUUCUUUGGACAGUUUGGUGACUUGUACUCUGUCAAGGUCAUGUGGCCCCGGACACCCGAGGAACGAGCCAGGAAUCGCAAUACGGGAUUUGUCUGCUUUAUGCAUCGAGAAGAUGCCGAAGAAGCCAUCAAGUUUGAUGAACGGGAUGUCUUCAAGGUGGGACGCAGAAUCAUGAUGCGCUGGGGCAAAAAUGUCAAGAAAAUCAUCAAAGCGGGAACGGGAGGAGUGGCGGUGGCAUCACAAAAACAACGACAACAGCAACAGCAAACCAAGAAGUCGACAACCACAACAAUAGCCUACUCGGACAGCGCCAACAGGGCUGCGGCGAAUCGUCAAAAGGAACAGGUGCAAACACACGGCACUAAUGUCAAUAACGCGACAAUCACAAGUUUGGCACCGUCCUCGGCGUUUGGAACCAUUCCAACCUAUGUACCCGAAACACACCAAACAAACGCUGUAGUGGUACAAGUACCACCCAUACCCUCCCGCGCCCACUUUAUUUCCACCGUGGCAUCCUUUGUCGCCAAGGAUGGAUCCAUUCUGGAAGAAAAACUCAUUGAAACAGAAGCAGCCAACCCCGAUUUUGCAUUCCUCGUCAUGCCACCCAAAGCCAGUCAACAACACGCCAAUAGUCCACAAUUUCAGCACUGGUUGGAACACAUUUACUACCGAUGGCGGGUGUACAGUUUCAGUCAGGGAGAUAGUUUUCGUCAAUGGAGGGCUGCACCCUUUGUCAUGACGCAUCCGAACAAUGGUGGUGUCUUUUGGAUUCCGCCACCCAUCAACGUGGAAGCGGCUCGUCAGGAAGAUUUGGAACAAAAGAUGCGCGACGAAGAUCGGGAUUUGCAAAAGAAACAGCGCCGCAGGAGAAUACGAACCGGCCGUCAACUGGAAACCGGUGGAGGAGAAUCGUCGGCGCAUUUGACUCGAGCGGAAAUGGAGCAAUUCCAUCGGCUGGUACGAACACAGUUGUGUGCAUCUCGUGAAGCCAUUUGUCAAGCCAUGGCAUUUUGCUUUGAGAAAAGCAAGGCGGCCGACCAGAUUGCCAGACUGCUGAAAGAGUUGCUUUUGGAGGACGACAAGACGUGUGCGGGCAUUUCUGUCGACACGAGGAUUGCACGAUUGUACUUGCUCUCGGAUAUUCUCUUUAAUUCGCAACAACCAGGAGUCCGGAAUGCAUUUCUGUACCGUGACCGCAUUGAACGCAUGGCUCCAGAAGUAUUUGCUAGUCUUGGCAAGCAUGGAAGCGAGACUGGGUUAGGCAGAAUGUCCAAGAACAAAUUGUCAUCCUGUGUCAGUGCCGUGCUCGGGGCUUGGACCAAUUGGGGUGUUUAUAAUCCUCUGUUUCUCGAUGAGGUGCAUGCUCGCUUUGAGGGUAGAGAAGUCAAACAGGAUGAUUCGGAUGCCAAUGCAGAGAACGGCGCAGAAGAGACGCCUCCAGAAGACACUCCCAAGGUGGAAGCAGCCAAAGUCAUCUCGGAAUCUCAACGCCAGGAAUGGGCGCAAGUCAGCAGUCACCAGGAUGAGCGAAUGGACACAUCCAUUAAUAACCCCAACGAUGACGAAAUGCCGCCUGCGGGCUUGCCUUCAGGAAACAGGAAGCGAAAGGCUGCAAAAUCCGGCGAUGAUGAUGGUGGUGAUGACAUUGAUGGUCAUAGCUUGGAUUCAGAGGAGAUUGACGAAGAGGAUACAUAUGGAAGUGAUCUGGAUGGUGAAGCCCUUACUGUGGAAGAUUUUGAUGGGAUGGAUCUACAUGAGGAUUUCCUUGCUGAGAUUCGUAACAUUGCAACGAUAAUCGCUACGUAG